UGCCCACGGUCGUGGGCGACGCGCCGGCCGCGCGUAUAAAAGGCUUCCCGAGAAUCCAGAACGUCACUGCCUUGAAGCCACAGUGACUCGGUCACCAGAGCUGAACCGCAGCAGAGAUAGCAGCAAGCAGGCACUUCCACGCCGCGCAGGCUAACUCGCUUUCGGCUUUGGUUCGACAUGGAGGCCCGUAGGACCGUGAGGAGCUCCAGCGCUCACAACUUCAAGAGUGGACUGACCCUUUGGUUGAUUCUGUGGCUGGUGGUGAUGAAGCCGGGCGGGGUUUCAGCAUGCCCCAGGCUGUGCGUGUGUUACCCUACGCCCAUGACGGUCAGCUGCCAGUCCCAGAACCUCACCAUGGUUCCAGCUGGAGUACCCUACGACUCCCAACGAGUCUUCCUGCAGAACAACCGCAUAACAGAGCUUCGCGCAGACUCCUUUGGCUUUGAGACACAGGUGCUUUGGCUGUACGGGAACAACAUUACAUGGAUUGAGGCCGGAGCCUUCAGCAACCUCAGGAUCCUGGAGGAGCUGGAUCUGGGGGACAACCCUUCGCUGCGGCACCUGGAAGGUGGAGCGUUCAGGGGCCUGGAGAAGUUGCAGAGCCUGCACAUGCAUCGCUGCAAGCUGGCCACUCUGCCCCAUGAUAUCUUCCACAAGCUCUACAGCCUCCAGUUUCUCUACCUGCAGGAAAACCAACUCCAUUCUCUGCAGGAUGACCUGUUCUCAGAUCUGGUUAACCUGACCCAUCUCUUCCUGCACGGGAACCGCAUCCGGGCCCUCUCUGAGAACGUGUUCAGAGGCCUGGUCAAUCUGGACCGCCUCCUUCUCCAUGACAACCGCAUCCGACAGGUGCACCGUCGGGCUUUCCGCGACCUGGGUCGCCUGACCAUCCUUUACCUGUUCAACAACUCUCUGGCCGAGCUGCCGGGCCAGACCAUGAGGGACACCCAGGGCAUCCAGUUCCUGCGGCUCAACAGCAACCCCUGGUCCUGCGGCUGUGAGUCCCGUCCCCUCUGGGAGUGGUUCCGCAAAGCUCGCAUCUCUUCCUCCGAGGUCGUGUGCUCCUCCCCGUCCCAGCGCCGUGGCCAGGACCUCCGCUUCCUGCGCGAGAUGGAUUUCGCCGUCUGUCCUCUGCCUGACCCAGGCUCCCUGACUGGAAGCACCACGACCACCUUCAGCACCAAGACCCGCUGGUGGUUCUCCAAGCACAAGCCUGCAUCUUCGUCGAAGUCCACGUACCAGAAGACCUCAGAGGGCGUGAAGACCUUACCCUUCUCCCACGUGAAGCCUCAGUACCCCCCCAAGAAGGCCGCUGAGACCUUACCCGUCAAGUAUGAACUGUCCGAGGACGAGGCUGCUCUUCCCAAGCUGGACCCCGAAGAGUACUGGGCCAACUACGGGAACGAAGACUCCUCCAUCCGCUGCGUGGAGCUGGACUGCGCUCCCAGCUACGACAGCGAGGCUUUCCCCUCAUCCUCCUCCUCAACCAUCACCCCGUCCCCUCUCCACCUCCUCUCCUUCUUCAUAGUGACGCUCCUGCUCCGUCUUCUUUCAAGUUGAACUGUCCCUCGCCUCCUAAACCAUCUCUUUCCUUCAAGUUUUCCUCCUGCUCUUUCUUGCUCACUCUAAAGAAAUUGCAUCUCGAUUCCCUUCAGUUGCCUCCUGGCCGUUCAGGGCGGGGACGAUUCAGCGAAGCAGGACCCGGGUGAGGCAGCAGGGAGCUAUUUCAAAGAGCAGAGGACAGAUUGGCGUCAGUGCGAGUAAUCUGGUGAAGUCCUCAGGCGUUACUUGUGACGUCCCAGUCCAAACGACGCAGGCUGCAUGAUCUGAUGAUUGUCCAAUCAGCAUUUAUAUCAUGCUAGUUGCAUUGAGAAGGGGAUUCACAGUCAGUCUGGCACCACCAGAAGUUUGAGAAAUAUGCAGAUGCUGAUAGGAGCGGGAAUCACGAAAAGGUUCAAAAUCUUACCAGCAAAAACAAGCACCUGUAAAUACAGCACAGAAUCACUGUAGAUAAACUUAUUCCAUAGUGUACAUAUGUCGAACAGGAUUUUUACUUUUAGUAAGAAGUUUAAAUUAGGCCCAUUGAUUUUGAAUGGAAGGCAGCCUAAUAAAAUGUGUUUGCUCGUGCAGUUUCCCCACUAUGUGGUUUCCUGAACUUCUGUCUGAUUAUCUUUGUACAACUUGUUUUUGUGUUUCUAACCAGAACAUGUUUGAGGGGGGGGAAAAAAGAAGAGUUUGAAAAUGCAUGACCAGUUUUGGGUUUGACCAGUCUGCCCACUCUUCUGGUUACACCAACACAUAUAUAUGCAAAACAUGCUCAAACAGAUCAUGACAAUCCACCACACAUAUCUGUUCAUUCUGCAGCUUUCUGUAUCUGUAAAAAAAAAAAAAAAAAAAAAAAAAAA